UUGAAUUCAAAAAAAAACUUCUCGAUGAGAAAAUUUGAAAAUGAAAUUAAAACCUGAUUAAGAAAACUAUAAAUAUGUUGCGCCUUCCUCCUACUUUACAUGGCACUGGUAUAAAGUGAAUUAUAUAUUGCCUUUGUCCCAAUCUAAAGUGAAUUCAGGCCCGUUUUAACAAUAUAAAAACCUAAUAAAGUGAUAUAGUGAAGUUGAUAAAACCUUGAAAGUGAAUACCAACCUGGAUAAAACCUUGAAAGUGAAUCCCAACCUGGAUAAAACCUUGAGAGUAAAUACCAACCUUGAUAAAACCUUGAUAGUGAAUCCCAACCUGGACCCUUGAGAGUAAAUACCAACCUUGAGAAACCCUUGAUAGUGAAUAUGUUUCCUCGAGUUUAUUGUAAAAUGAUAAUUUUCCUGAUAAUCUAUUCUCUUCUCUCCGUCCCGGGACAUUCAUCGUACCAGAUUGUAAAGACCAAGUAUGGAUCUGUACGAGGGAGAGUGGAAAGCCGAGGGACUAUUUCAAUAAAAACCUUCAAAGGAAUUCCCUUUGCGGCUGCUCCAGUCAAGAAUUUGAGAUUUAUGCCCCCAGUCACAGUUUCCCCCUGGAAGGAGGUUCUGGACACUAACCAGUUUCAACCAGUUUGCCCCCAGGACUUUCCUGAGAUAGAAAAUACAACGAUGGCUCUGCAACAUAUAUCACAGGGUCGGUUAAACUACUUGAGACGGAUUGCUCCUGGCUUGAAGAACCAGUCUGAGGAUUGUUUGUAUCUCAACGUGUACAUACCAAUCUCAGGAGGAGCAGGAUCCCGACUACCUGUAGUUCUCCUGAUACACGGAGACUCCUACGCCUGGGGCUCUGGGAAUAUCUACGAUGGGUCAGCUCUAGCAGCCUUCGGCAACAUUUUAGUAGUCACUAUCAACUAUAGACUAGGAGUACUAGGAUUUCUAAACGUGAACAGUAUGAAAAAUGGUGGAUCUACAACUGGUGUUCCAAGUAAUUUAGGAAUACUUGAUCAGAUAGCGGCAAUGCAUUGGAUUCAAGAGAAUAUAGAGGAUUUUGGCGGAGAUAAGGAUAACGUUACAGUGAUUGGUCAUGGGAGAGGAGCAGCUUCUCUUCAUUUUCUUAUGACGUCAGAUGCUCUGCCACAUGGUAUGUUGUUCCGACGUGUAAUCUUGAUGUCAGGAUCAGCUCUAGCUCCCUGGGCUCGAGCCUCCUCCCCCACCAAUACCAGCAGGGCCCUCGCCCUCUCCCUCUCCUGUCCCUCCUCCCCCCCUCACCUUGUUGUAGAGUGCCUCAGGAAAAUAUCUCUCUCUACUCUUCUUGCAAAAUCUACAACCUCCGGAACCAGGAACCGGUUUCUGACCGACUAUGGUCCCUCCUACGACGGAAUCGUUGUCCACUCCUUUAAGAAUAAAGUUGGUGAAUACCUAGAACGGAUGGCAAGGUAUGAUAUGAUGAUCGGAGUAACCUCUGGUGAAGGAUUUAUCUUUUUAAACCACGAGGAGAUGGAACUGGGCCUGGAGACAGAGGGGAGGAACAGGAUGCUCUCCGACCUCGUCACCUCCAGCUAUAAGAUACAUGAGAAGGAGAUAUUCUCAGCAAUACUCACAGAGUAUACAAAUUGGUCAAGUACAGCCAGACAACCAAUAUCAACCAGGGACGAAAGUGUGGAAGCAUUGACAGAUGGUCUGUACGUGUCCCCAGGUGUGGAAUCAGCUGAUUACCACGCGUCACUAAACAAGAAUUCAUGGUUCUACGUCUUCGAUUACCAAACCAAAUAUGGAGAUUUCUCACAGAGAGGUGGUUGUGUACAUGGUGAGGAGCUAGCCUAUGUUCUUGGUUACCCCCUGCUUGGAUCCUACUACAACAACUACACCAGGGCAGAGCAGAACCUGGCGGAGCUUGUCAUGACAUACUGGACAAACUUUAUCAUUUCAGGGAACCCGAACUUCCCUCAUAUUGCGGAUAGAGAGGGCCGGGGUAGAUCCUCGGGGAUGGUUGACUGGUCUCCCUACGAUCCAACCUAUAAAAAAUAUCUUCAUAUCGGCCCGAAAAUGAAGAUAAAGGAUCAGUUUAGAGCAAGGAACAGAUUUAUUCAAGAAUAUAAUAAUUUCUUUUUCAAAUUUCCAAGAUGUUACGUACUAAGUAUUCAGAUUGUAAGAUGCAAAAAGAUCUGAUGACAAUGCAAAAUU